UAUGCUCUCUCUUGAUUCCUUUAUAACCACCCCCCACUCUCCUCCUCUCCUUUCCUCUCUCACCCUUCAACGCCCCAUCAACCUCCGUUCCGUUCAUCCUCUUCUUCCACAGAUCCACACACCUCUCACGAUAUUCACUCGAUCGUAUCUCAAAAGGCAGCCUGCGAGAACAGCGAAUCGUUGAAUCUUGUGAUUUCUAAUUGGAUGGCGUCAUCUCUGAUCUCCAACUCCGUAACGAACUCUAACGCGGUGGUUGAUCGCUCAAAAAGGAAAAAGAAGAAGAAAUCGCUGGCGCAAGCCAGGGACCAGGACCAAAACGACCAUGCCAAGUGGAAAACAGAGAAGCAACGGCAAAUCUACUCUUCGAAGCUUCUACAGGCCUUGAGCCGGGUCCGGCUUAGUCCUCCUUCUCCAUCGGUGCCGCGUCAAGCUCGAGCUGUGCGAGAAGCUGCCGAUAGAGCGUUGGCGGUUGCGGCGAAGGGGAGGACCAGGUGGAGCCGAGCGAUACUGAAGAGCCGGCUGAAACUAAAGUUUAGGAAGCAACAGCAACACCACCAGAAGAGACAGCAGAGAGUAAUUGCAGCUGCGUCUGGUAGUACCCGGUCAAAGAAGCCAAGAGUGAGCGUGUUCAGUUUGAAAGGCAAGAGUUUACCGGCUGUACAGAGGAAAGUCAAGGUACUAGGUCUUUUAGUCCCUGGUUGCCGGAAACAGCCCUUGCCGGUCAUUCUAGAGGAGGCCACAGAUUAUAUCGCAGCGUUGGAGAUGCAGGUCCGAGCCAUGAGCGCUAUAGCUGAUUUGUUAUCAGGCUCUGGAUCCAUCUCUGCCGCUGCCUCUGCCUCUGCUCCUCCGCCGAGCUGAUGAGUCGGAUAUUUAAUUAUUCUUAUUUUUUUCCCCGUAAUUUUUAAAUCCCUCUCUUGUCUUGCAAGUAAUUUCUUGUUAAAUACGUGUCUUUCUCUAUUUUUGAAGGAAUUUUAUCUUACGAAGCCUGAAUAC